GCUGCAGCCGGGGUGCGCAGAUAAAAGACUCCAGGGCCAGGGAAGAAGCAGCUAGCCUGGGAUCCUGGACACCUCAUUAGAACCUGGACAGACCCAGGUUUCCUGACCCCCAGACAGAGUGGUAAACUUGACUAGGCGGUAAACUUGUCCACUGGCCUACAGACCCUGCCCACCGCCCCUGGUCCUUGGAGCUCUCCUGAGCAGGAUCUAGCACUGGGGUAGAAGGGAGGCUGAUUGGAAGCCAGAGGUAAACCACUGGACUCAACUCUCCACUCCCUGCCUCAUCAUGUCCAGCUCCCUGCUAGCUGGAGGUCAUGUGGUCAGCUUGACUCCCCACGAGGAAUCCAGGAUGGCCCUGCACCCAACCCCCAGCCCUGGCCUCCCGGCACUGUGUCCUUACUACACCACAGAGAGCUGGGGUUCCCAGCCUCUGAUGGCGCCCACACUCUGCAAAGGAGGCGCCGGCAGGCUCCAGCAGGCCCAGCCAGCAGAAGCCAAAGCUCACUGCCUCCUGCGAGGCCCCGGGGAGAAGGCCUCAGGGGCCUCACAGGACCUGGACUCCUGCAUUGACUUCUCACUGGAGACCCUCAACCAGAUGAUCCUAGAGCUAGACCCCACCUUCCAGUUGCUUCCCUCUGGGACUGCUGGUGCCCAGGCUGAGCCUACCAACAGCAUCACCUCAAGGAAUAAGAAGGAGGAACCUGAAGCCCUAGAUAUAAAGUACAUCGAAGUGACCUCCGCCAGAUCAAGAUGCCUCGACGGCCCCCAACACUGCUCCAGCCCAUGUGUCACCCCACCCUUCGGCUCCCCACGCAGUGGUGGCCUCCUUCUCUCCAGAGACAUCCCCCGAGAGACUCGGAGCAGCAACGAGAGCCUCAUCUUCUCUGGGAACCAGGGCAGGGGUCCCUCUCCCCACAUCCCACUUUCCCUUAGCAACUCCGUCCCUUACCAGGAAAGCAGGGCCUCAGGCUCCCCACUGGCAACUCCUCCAGCUUGGGAGAAAGGGCCAAGGGCCCCACAGCGGGGUAGCAGGGUCUCUAUGCUGUCAGUCAGCCCCGUGUCGGAUAUCAGCUAUGUUUUUGGAAGCAAUCAAUCCCUCCUCCACUCAAGUCUCUCCAGCUAUCAGUCAUCUUCUAGAUCCUUGGGAAGUCCAGCCAGCUCCUCUUCCAGCCUCCACAGCCUGGACCGAGGGUCCCAGUUCGUGAGACCCAGUGAUGCCCAGGUUCCCAGCAACCCCAUAGUGGGCCCGGGCCAGCCCCAAGCAGUCCAGUCUCCUCCGGUGGCCAAGGAGCAGGCCAGUAGCUGCCCACCAUCUGUCACCAACUCCAUGGUGGACAUACCCAUAGUGCUCAUCAAUGGAUGCCCAGAACCACAGUCUCCCCCAGCCCAGCGGACACCAGGAUAUCAGGGCUCUGUCCAGCCCAGGGCUGUAUCUCCCAGUCCCCCACAUCAGGUCACCAAGAGCCACAGCCAGACUCUGCCAGACGUUCCUCUCCCUGCAACUCCAGAGGGUCCUGCCAAGGGGGUGCAGCCCACCAUGAAGUUUGUGAUGGACACAUCAAAAUACUGGUUUAAGCCGAGCAUCACCCGAGAGCAAGCAAUUGAUCUGCUGAGGAAGGAGAAGCCGGGGGCUUUCGUCAUCAGGGACAGUUCCUCCUACCGAGGCUCCUUCGGUCUUGCCCUGAAGGUAGAGGAGAUGCCGGCCUCUGCCCCAAGCCGACCAGGUGAGGACAGCAAUGACCUUAUCCGUCACUUCCUGGUCGAGUCUUCAGCCAAAGGGGUGCAUCUGAAAGGAGCGGAUGAGGAGCCCUACUUUGGAAGCCUCUCCGCCUUCGUGUGCCAACACUCCAUCAUGGCCCUGGCCCUGCCCUGCAAACUCGUCAUCCCGCAGAAAGAACUGGGAGGCGCAGAACCUUCGGCGGACUCUCCCACACACAGCCAGACCUCUUGCCUGAAGAUAUCGGCCGGUUGCCACACGCUGUACCUGAGCUCUGUGAGCGUGGAGACCCUGAGUGGAGGCCUGGCUGUGCAGAAGGCCAUCUCUGUCACCUUGGAGAGGGAGGUCCUCCCCACACCUACCGUCGUCAACUUCAAAGUCACGGAACAGGGCAUCACUCUGACAGACGUCCAAAGGAAGGUGUUUUUCCGACGCCACUACCCACUGGCCACCCUCCGCUUCUGUGGAAUGGACCCUGAGCAGCGGAAGUGGCAAAAGUACUGCAAGCCUUCAAGGAUCUUUGGGUUUGUGGCCAAGAGCCAGACAGAGACACAAGAGAAUGUGUGCCACCUCUUCGCGGAGUACGACGCGGUCCAGCCGGCUUCCCAGGUCAUCAGCCUAGUGACUGCUCUGCUCCAGGACACAGAAAGAAUGUAGGAAGGAGGGAGCCGCCCGCCUGACAUCUCAAGGGGAUUGCCCCGGACAUUGAACAGUGGCCACAUUGACAGGCCUGUCUGUUGGACCCGAGGAUUGGUCAGGCUGAAGCCUUUGAACAUUCAGUGGUCACUGUCACCUGACUCUUGGGCCUCAGUCUCUUCUGUUAUAAGAAGAGGCCCAUCCACAGGACAGCUGCUCCUUGGAGACUCGGCUGGGAAUCUGUGUUCCUCCAUGCUCCCGAAGCCCGCCCACAUCCAAGACUCCCUGCGUAAAAACAAGCACCUGCUCUGUUAGCCUGAACGUUCCGUACAUGCAGGUUGCGUCCCAGAGACCUGUGACCCUUGCCUUGUAGCAAACAGCAGAUGCUCGCUCAGAACCCACA